UAGGCCUCAUACGGAUCUACACGGAAACCAGAAGAAAGAGAUUUACAUUUAUUGUAAAACACCAGAUCAAUAUUCCCUGUUCUAUGAGAGCAAUGACCAGGUCAGAGAAUAUCCCUCUGGAGGAGGAGAUGGUGAGCAUCCUGGAUCAAUGCGGACCAGCUCUGACAUAUGUCCUACAUAGCAAGUUUGGAUGUACUGCUGUGCUCCAUGGUGUUGAUGCCGGUGCAAUGAAGUUCAAGAAGCCAGUAUUUAAGCACGAAACUGUCCAUUCCGACUCCAGAGAUGCAAGGAAAAGUGUUCCACCGUUUAUUGAGCUCAGUGGGGCCUAUCAUGAGACAUUGAGGGAGGCCAGACGCUGGUAUUUGGAUGCUUUGUACCCUGCCUCGAAGAAUGUAAUCACCAUUCACAACAAUUUCAUCCAGCACUUUGGCCAGAGGGAGUUUGAAGAGCUUCUUUCCCUUCAGACCAAGAGGGAAGUUUCCAUCGAGGAGAACUUUAAAGAUGGCCGCUUUGGAUUGACCAUCCAGGGGGCUUCUAGAGGGUUCAAAGCUGCUGUGUUAGAGGUGGAAGCCCUGUGCUGCAAAGUCCAAGAGGAUUUUGCAAAGGAAGAGUUGAGUUUAAUGGGCCUGCAAUCUCCCAUCAGUUCCCCAAGGAAGCCUGUAGAUGACAACAGUUCUGACUAUAAAGAGAGACAGCAACAUUUUGCCGGACUUCAAAUUGUCAGGGUUGAGAAGGUGGAGAACAAAGCUCUGAAGCAGGUCUUUGACCUUAGGAAGAGGCAGAUGCAGGUGUCUACCUCUUCUCAGCGAAUGUACCAACGCUUGCCUGUGCAAUUCUGUGACCUGCUCAGCAGAGUGGGCUUUCAGAUGGAGUUUACACCACCUGACGAGCAAAAUCUGGGAGAGGGGAUCUACUUCAGCAGCAGUGUCCAUGGAGCAGAGAGGCUGUGGAAGGGCUCAGCUGACCAGGAGUACCUGUACUUCAUUGAGGCACAGGUGCUGACUGGCAAGUCAAUUGUUGGCUGUCCAGGUCUCAUCGUGCCACCUCCCUUUGCCAGAGACCCACUCACCUUGUAUGACAGUGUGAAAGGAGGCGGAGACACCUGGGUCGUCUUCAAUGGUCACCAGGCUCUACCUGAAUAUCUGAUCACCUGCAAUAAGCCUACAUACGUAAAACCUCACGCAUUGUUCAACUGGGGUAAAGCUAAAAAGCCACAAAAGAAUGAGGACAUUGUCAUCGAGGGCCUGGAAGUGGAUCCGGCUGUCUUCCACGUUUCUUCCAAAGUGGAUCGUUGGAUCAAGGACCUGAACCUAAAUGAACCAGAGAGCAGCAGCAUCCCACAGGACGCUGUCUACCAGUCCAAAUCCCACCGCCACCACAUCCAUGACAUGAGAAUCAAGGACCUGAACCUAAAGGAACCAGAGAGCAGCAGCAUCCCACAGGACGCUGUCUACCAGUCCAAAUCCCACCGCCACCACAUCCAUGACAUGAGAAUCAAGGACCUGAACCUAAAGGAACCAGAGAGCAGCAGCAUCCCACACAACGCUGCCUACCAGUCCAAAUCCCACCGCCACCACAUCCAUGACAUGAGAAUCAAGGACCUGAACCUAAAGGAACCAGAGAGCAGCAGCAUCCCACAGGACGCUGUCUACCAGUCCAAAUCCCACCGCCACCACAUCCAUGACAUGAGAAUCAAGGAGAUGCUGAGGAAGGACAGGGACAAAAAGUCCUUCAACAGGAACAUUACAGAGCCUAGCAACAUGGUGGAUUGGCAGCAGCAGCCAGGGGGACAGUCCCAGAUAUUCCACCCCAUCCAUAACUCCCAUCUGCAGCAGGCGCUGGACAGGAAGCUGCCGCGCGUGGAGGUCUCUGCCUGGAGGAAUAUGAACACGUUCACCCUGCCUGACAGGGCUGCUAACAACACAAGUGGAAACAGUCCCAAAAGCAGACAAAUCGACAAGUUAGCAGCUCAACCUAUUGAGAGUCUCCCUCGACAUUGGGAUGCCAUGCCAGCCAACACGUCCUGCCUGUCCUGCCUCAUCCAGCCAGGAAGCCCAGAGCACAAUGAAGUUUUACACCUGUUCAGAGCCACCUGCCCCAACAAAGUUAUACAGAUUGAGAGGAUCCAGAACCCAACCCUGUGGAGGAGUCUCCAGAUCAAGAAACACGACAUGGAGCUCAGGAACGGUCACCAGAAGAAUGAGAAGAGGCUCUUCCAUGGAACAUGCCACACAACCAUAAAUCACAUCAACAACCAUGGCUUCAAUCGGAGCUUUGCUGGGAAAAAUGCUACAGCAUUUGGAAACGGCACCUACUUUGCUGUUGGUGCCAGUUACUCUGCCAGCAGCACAUACUCAAGACCGGAUCGCCAGGGGCAGAAGUAUAUGUACCUCUGUCGAGUUCUGACUGGCGAUUUCACUGCAGGACGACAUGGGAUGACAGUUCCUCCAGCUAAAAGCACCACAACUGUUGAACUCUACAACAGCGUGACAGACAACCCAUCAGGACCAUCUAUGUUUGUCAUUUUCCAUGACAACCAGGCAUAUCCUGAGUACUUGAUCACAUUCUUCUAGACCCUGCGGAGAAAAGCAAAAGAAAUGAAAUGGAUCUAUUCACGGACCAUAAAAACGAUGGCACUUAUUUUUAUCAUAUUCUUGAUCUUUUAGUGUGGUGUGGUUUUAUUUAAUUGUUUGGAUACUUUUAUAGCACUUAUUUCGAGUUUUGCCUUUGUUUGAUGGCACUAUGGACCUUUCAUUAUUUUUUUUGGUACGUAUUGGGCGGUUCACCUUGUAGACCCUAACCCUAACCCUAACCCUAACCCUAACCCUAACCUGAAUUCUAACCUUAACCCCUAGUUACCCCAAUCCCUCACCCUAACACUGAGACCCUCAUGCCUAACCUUACUUAUUGAACUUAACCCUGACCCUGACCCUAACCCUGACUCUAACCCUAACCCCAACCCAACCUGAAUUCUAACCUUAACCCCAAGUUACCCUAAUUCCUCACCCUAACCCUGGGACCCCCAUGCCUGAACCUAACCCUGAGACCUUCAUGCCUAACCUUAAACCUUUAGACCCUCAUAUCUGACUUUAAUCCAACCUUGACCUGUAUUUUAACUCUGCUCCUUAUGGUAACCCCAAUCUGAAUUUUGACCUUAACCUAUAGCUUCCAAAUCUUCAGCUUAAUUUCUAACCCUAACCCUAUUAAUUUCUAACCCUAACCCUAUGUCCCUAUACCCCCACAUCUAACUUGAAUCCCUACACUCUCUAUAUCUAUUUGAAUCUCUUACACUCUCUAUAUCUAUUUGAAUCUCUACACUCUCUAUAUCUAUUUGAAUCUCUACACUCU